AUGAAAGCAAUGUUGUUGCUGCAAAGGACUUGGGUUCUUACCGCAAGUUUGGCAAGUGAGUUUGUUAAACAAAGAUAAACUUUAUGGACAAUCCAUCCACAUACACUGAAUAUGAAGACAAAAUCAACGAAAAAAUCCAAAUCAAUGAAUGUCAAUGAAGUAUGAGGCCGAGCCUCUUUCUUCUUAGAGAGACUAAUUGUCGUAGAGAAGAAGAGAAAUAUCAUGAUAAGCAUCGUGCAAGUUUUUUUACUCAUUGAAGUCGCGUGUUUCUAACGUACUCAGCAUUGCCAACAACAAAUCGAUCUAGCAAAUAUGACGAACUUUCUAUUUCAUGAUCUUGCAGUUCUGCUAGCGUGAAAAUGAAUGACCUGUUCACUGGACUAGAUUUCAAACUCAAACGAGCUCUUAUUUAAAACGAGCACUAAAAUCUUUUUUUUUUGUCUUCCUUUUAUCUAAAUAAGAAAUUAUUUGAGUCAUGCAACAUAUUUAUUUUGCAGAAUCGAUUGUAUAAAUCGCAUUGGCUGUAGCUUAUCACGACUCAGUUUUCCCUGAUGUGCUUGAUAAGUUAGUUAAUUCUGGGACAGGAAAACAGCAUUCAUAACAACAACAACAACAUCAAAAACAACAUUGUCUCCUUUUGAAAUUACCGCCAUGGGAAAAAGUCAGCUAAUUCUGGAUAAUUAAAAAUUGCCUAAUGUUUGAGAUGAAAUUAGAUUUAAACUUCCCUCCUCAUUGGAGACUCCUACAUCGUAUAAAGUAAACUAAUCUGUGUUUUUCUUGUAUCCUUCCCUCGACAGCUCUUCAUGGCUGCGUGGCUGAUCCAAAGAUUGGUGAAUGCAACAUGACCUAUUUCAUAACAGGAGGAUUCAGUUGUCAGAGGAAAAUGGUGUCUGAUUUAAAACACAAACCAAAUGCCAACUGCAGGUACUAGUCGAUUUUCAACCUCACGAGAAACGUUCGUACUGCACUGGCUGAUUUUCUAUCAGGACAUCGUGAACGGCUCUUAUUAUUUCCUAGUGGAUGAUUAUUUCAAAGUUUCUGCAGUCUUUUGCAGAAUUAAAGCUCCUUUUCUUGGUAAUUCAUUUUUUGUUCAAAGUCAGCGUAAGUUUUUUUUUUUUUUUAUGACAAGUAAUAUCACACUGCUAAGCUCCGAGUCUCUCCGAUAAUAAGACACUAAUUCGUAUUAAGCUUUAAAGAAGCGACCUGACGGUUAAAUUCCAUUAUUCUGGAGAAGAAAAUACAAUGCAAAAACAAAAAGACAAAAAAAACAAAACAAUCAUUAUCAUGCCAAUGUAAAGGCUAUUGCAUUUUGAAAUAAACAAAAACACCAUUGAGCCAGUUCCUGAGUGCAUUCUUACUCAUAAAGUGUAGCGGUCUUAGUCUGGAAUCUUACGUUAACCUUAUUUUUCGAUACCAUUUAGACUUUCCGACUUAUUUUGUUUCCUUCAAUCUCUUUAGUGUUGAAUAUCAAGAUCAGACCUCAUGUCUGGUUGAUCAUUUGAAGUCUUGCUUGACUGGUCUUUUUGCUGGUUUUGUUCCCGCCGUCACAUCGUUGAUAAAAUUACUGUUAUACCAUUGUGGGGAUCUUAAAGUGGAUCCGGCGUUGAUAGAUCAGUUCCUGCUUAAUCAAAUCCAGUGCAAGGGUUCAGUUUUCGCGCAAACUGUGGAGUGUUGGAAUGAUUUUCGGGAGAGGUUUAACAGAGACAAGACAGAUCCGAAGCUCUGCAGGUAUAAAACUCACUUUUACCAGCUGAUCUUGAACUUGAAUUGUGGAGUUCUCUCAAAGCAGAGAUUUAUCGGUGAUGGUCUGCUAUCUCAGGCUUGAACUUUUAAAUUAUAUAUUACAACAUGUAUGUACUUCCUCUUAACACGGUCAGUUGAGAAAAACUGUUUGUGCUAGUUCAGAAUGUUUUUAUUUUUCUAUUACUCAGUAAUUCAUCUCGGAAUCCGAUCUUUUUAUUAUCUUAAACAGUGGAUUGUGUCCGUCUUGGAAAAUCUUGCCGCAGUCAAAUAUUAUACAAAAAAAAAAAAUAAAUAAAAUAAACGUGUAGAUGGGGAAUAAAGCCUUUCACCUCCAUAGAAGGCUUACCACCCGAUAAAAUGAGUUGCCAUUUGCUUCCAUUUGUAUCUUCACAGCGACUACGCUGUUGCAAAGGAAUGCGUGACAAGAGAGGCAAAGACUGGUUGUGCAAUUGGACAGUACGUUAAUAGGGACUUGUUUAACCCUUUCUGCACAUACAACACAGAUCCACCGUUGAACAGUUCUGGUAAGAUAGGCAUGAUUUGCUUCACUUGAACACUAUGCUUUAACAGUCAUCACAGUGACUACGUGGGUAGCGACUCAUCAUCUUCACUUUCAGUUUUGGCCAGGAAUCCACUGGCCAAAAAGCUGAUCAACACGGUAUAAGCAAUAUCGAUGGCUUGAGUUAAUUUAAAACUUUAUCUUUAGCUAAUCUGGAAAUUUUGCUCAUUUUGUGGUCCAUAUCCUUUCUAUUUUUGUGUAAUAUUCGCAUCAACUAUGUGGUAUUGCUUUAUUAAACAUUAUUUUUUUACCACUUGCAGAACCAUCAAUCUAUAUUGGAAGUUGCACCACCCAGACGUUCGCUACGUCGGCAUAUUCAUGUCAACGCAAGAUGAUUACAAACCUGGCGAAGAAAAAUAGCCCGACUUGCCGGUAA